UCGGCCGUAGGUUAUCAUAUUUGAUUAUUAUUUAACGAAUGUUCCUCAUCCAGCAACCUGCUAGCGCUGUGAUAUCGAGGACCACUAAUAAGUACGGUCACACGGACCACCACUCCUACAAGUCGGAUGUGCCUCUGCAAUACCUUCACUCAGCCGGUCAGAGAGGCUGGUCUCACUUCCAGCUGCCUCAGCUGAAUAAGGGAGGCUUCCAAGAGAACACUAAUCUAGGCAUCAAGGCAAACAAGGCAAUCUCUAAGGGCUUGCGUCUCCCUUCGGGUUCGACUUCCUCCCAGUCCUCUCAUGUCAUCGUGGACAUGCCUAUGAUGUCCCCAAACUCAAUCUCUCAUACUAAGACUGGUAGAAGACACAGCAUUAACAAGAAGCACCGUUGUGCUGUAUGCCAAGGCAUCCAGAGUAGCAACGUGAACCCGAGUCUGAAGGUUCACAUUGGGACUCUCCCUACUAAGCACAUAGACAGGACUCCUCUACCCGAGGAUGCUUCUGUUAGUCCCUUCGACGAGGAGUUCCCGAUCCUUCAGAGUCACAAGAUGAGUAAUGUCAAUCCACACUUAGCUGUGAACGUUGGUAGUCUACCCAGCAAGAAGAUCGGCUCGGCUCCUAUUCAAGAAGACUUUGCUGUGAGCCCAUUUGACGAUAUGUGGGACAUGCUCACUGACCAGAAGACUCUGAUUCAGAGCAAUGUCAACAAGAAUCUGCGGGUUAGGAGCAACACAUUCCCAACCGUUCACGCUGACUCGACGCCAUUGGAUGAAGACAACACUGUGAGUCCCUUCGACGAAGAGUGGCCGAUCCCAGCGGACGAGAACCGUCUUCAGCACGUUAUGACUAGCAAUGUGAACCCGACUCUACCGGUUGCUCAUAGUACCCUGCCUACUAAGAAGAUCGACAUGAGGCCCCUGCCCGAGGACGACAGUGUUAGCCCUUUCGACGAGCAUUUCCCUUUACCAAGCUCCUACUGGGAGAGUAACGUGAAUCCCACGUUACGUGCUAAGGAUGGUACCAUGCCCACCAAAAAGUGUGACACGAGACCUCUUCCUGAGGAUAUGUCGGAGAGCCCAUUUGACGAGGAUUUCCCUCACCUACAGGGCUACUGCCAGAGCAAUGUGAAUCCCGACCUCACUGUUAACAUCGGUACAUUCCCAACUAAGAACGUCGACUACUCGCCUCUGCCAGAAGAUCCUACGGUCAGUCCUUUCGAUGAGAGCUUCCCGCAUCUCCAAGAUGUGGACGUGCCUUCUCAGACUUGGAUGCAAAGUAAUGUUAAUCCGAGUUUGAGAGCUAGAGUGGGGAGCUUUCCUGCUGCGGAGCACAUUGACGCAACCCCCUUGCCUGAGGAUACUACUGUGAGCCCCUUCGAGGAGGAGUUCCCUCGGUUCAUGGGUCAGGAGAGUAUUCAUGACUUCAGGAGUUAUUCGCCCUUUGAGGAGGAGUUCAACUCUAUUGCAAAUUGGCCAGUUGCUCGCAAGCGCAGUGAAUCUUUCAAUAAGCAGCGCCGCGUCACUCAAGUGAAGCAGGGUUUGAAGGAGACCUUGAUUCGUCUUGGCUCUAUAGAUAGGUACGAUUUCGUCAAGGCCACCCACUGGCAUCUCGAUAAGCAGACUCAGCCUCAUGAGGAGAUUGACCAGACAGCUACCACUAUGCCGACCGAUUGGUUGACGGCUGUUGGGGUGACGCCUCUAGCGCAAGCACCGGGGCACACUGCCUUCCCAAGAAUGACGCCAAAGGCAACUGAUAUUCAGCCACCGAAGGGGACUGGCCGCAUUGGGACGACUGGGGUUAUCACUAGUCAACCGUCCUACAUUGCAAGCCAUCUUCAGUCGGCUCGGCGUCAACAUCAACAACCAAGCGGAGUCUGAGGCUCAACUUGAAGCUCCUUAAAGUCUUGGUGUGGUAAUUGACCACACAAGAGGAGCUAUUACAUUUGUCAGCACUCAUUCAUUAUUAUUUAAUACCCUUUUCACAUCAUCAGCUUGAAAUGCGUCUCAGAUGCAUAGAU